GGGGGGGGGGGGGGGGGGGGGAAGCCUAGAUUCCUUCAAUCUAAUUUCCAGGGUUUUGUCCAUGGUGAUGUAUGCUUAUUGAUGUAUAUAUCUGUAAUGACUGAUAACAAUGAAUGGUUUCUGUAUAUUGGCUUCCGCUCUGUUUCAAUUUUACAAACUUCAGUUAGUCAUUGUCUAUCAAAAUGCCAUGUUUCGUUGAGAUAAUGUAAUGCUAUUCCUUGGUGGUGUUCUGUGUUUUAGGUUUCUCAGCCGUCUUCAUCACAGAGUAUCUGAUUUUUUGACAUCAAAAAGCUCCAUCUGACCUGACACUUGCAUUACUGACUCUUUUUAUUACCAUAUCUGUCAAUGUCCCUAUCUUCAAUAUGUCAGUUUUGUUGCAUUUGUGAUUUACUUGUACUGUACAUACUGAUAUUCUAUUAUGGCCGUCAUCAGUGUCAGAAACUCGUGUGCACAUAUAAAUGUUGAUGGUAAUGCAAAUAUCUACGGUUUUUUAAGUGCUGAUGUAAAUAGAUUAGAAAAGGUUGUGGAAACUAUAUUGGAUCCAUUCAAGUAUCUGGUGAGAAUGGACACAUUGCUGCUGGAUUCAUGCAAAAUAUCAGGUUGGACUGAUAAGGAGCAGCACUAUGGAUUCUACAUCACUCAAGAACUGUCGGGUUUCUGGGGGGCUGAAUCUACAAUAUGUUGUCAUCACAGCCCAUUUUCAAAUUACAACUGGGAAUGGAGAUUGCUUCGACGCUCAGCUCCAAACCUGCAAACUGUACUUUACAGAGAUGACAAUGGAGACUGAUGCAAACGUCAGAGAACUUCAAGCCAACACAAGAUCCCCUUCUUCUACUUCUACUUGUUGCUCUGGCAGCUGUCCUUCUCGAUAAGGAAGUAGAAUCCUCUUUAUUUCUUCAGCAUUGAGUGUCUCAUAUUCUAACAGAGCAUUUGAAAGUGCAUGUAAUGCCUUUUCAUGCUGAAAUAAACAUGGCAAACGUUAGAACAGAACUUGAAAUGCUGAUGUGAGAUUGUUGUUCUCUGAUUUAGUUUCCUUAAAACUUGUUUCAAUCUCCAGGAAACAAGAAAUGGAGUGGAGUCGGAGUCGAAAUGUAAAACGAACCUUUUUUAAGAGGGCUUUCACGCGAUCAUAUGCAUCUCUUAGGAGUUUAACCA